GUACUAUUUCUGUCAACACAAUGCGAACCCCCUACACGGCACCAGGGGAAAGUGAAAUCUUGGACUUAGAUGAUGAUUUGUAUCUUGGCGGUUUGCCAGAAAAUAAAGCCGGCCUGGUCUUUCCAACGGAGGUCUGGACAGCACUUCUAAAUUAUGGUUAUGUGGGCUGCAUUCGGGACCUCUUUAUCGACGGCCAAAGCAAAGAUAUUCGCCAAAUGGCAGAAAUCCAGAGCACUUCUGGGGUGAAACCCUCGUGUUCCAGAGAAACAGCGAAGCCCUGCUUGAGCAACCCAUGUAAAAACAACGGGGUGUGUAGAGACGGUUGGAACAGAUACGUCUGCGAUUGUUCUGGCACAGGAUACCUUGGCAGGUCGUGUGAACGAGAGGCAACUGUUCUAAGCUACGAUGGAAGCAUGUUUAUGAAAAUACAGCUCCCUGUGGUGAUGCACACAGAGGCAGAAGACGUGUCCUUACGGUUCAGGUCUCAACGAGCUUACGGCAUUUUAAUGGCCACAACUUCGAGGGAAUCUGCUGACACACUGCGUUUAGAGCUGGAUGCAGGACGAGUUAAGCUAACAGUCAACCUAGAAAGCACAAACCAUAGUGAUAUUGUGUAUGUGUCUGCCACAAAGAACACAACCCUUCAAUGCCCAAAGUCUGCGGCCCUCGGCAUACAGCCAUGCGAACACAAACCACAGAAGCUCUUCUACAGAAAGGAAACCAUGCUUUCAUAG